UAUCGCGACUAGUCAGAGGCGGUCAUACUGUGUUGAUUCUUCAAAAAGUGUAAAGAUGGAUGACCUUGUUAUCAUUGAUGAUGCUGAGGUUGAAGAGAUCAGAAGUGCACUAGAAACGGAUGAUCUCCCAUCAGCGGUUGGAAGAAUUAAGGAGUAUUUGGAACAGCAAGACCGUGUGGAACUUAACAUUGCUGUAACAGGAGAGUCUGGCUCUGGGAAAUCCACAUUCAUCAAUGCCUUCAGGGGUAUUGGGGAUGAGGAAGAGGACUCUGCUAAAACUGGUGUUGUAGAGACCACUAAAGAAUCUACUGCUUAUUCUAACUCCAAAUACCAAAAUGUUAAACUGUGGGAUCUCCCUGGCAUCGGAACACCCAACUUCAAAGCUGAUGAAUAUCUUAAACAGGUUGAAUUUCAACGUUAUGAUUUUUUCAUUAUCAACGCUGCAGAUCGAUUCAGAGAAUACCAUGCACAACUGGCAGCAGAGAUUGUCAAAAUGAAUAAAAGGUUUUAUUUUGUUCGCUCCAAAAUUGAUGCCAACAUUUAUGCUGAGCAAAGAAAGAAGACAUUCGACAAAGAAAAGACACUGGAAGCUAUCCGAGCAGACUGCAUCAAAGGUCUUGAAGAGAUUGGUUUAAGCAAUCCUUCUGUUUUCCUGAUUUCUAGCUUUGAUCUUGCUCUGUAUGAUUUUAAUCGUCUUGAGGAAACCAUGGAGAGGGAGCUUCCCCAGCACAAGAGACACGUUCUGAUGUUGGCUCUUCCAAACAUCACACUGGAGAUCAACGAGAAAAAAAAGAAGUCAUUGCACAGCAACAUAUGGAAGUUGGCUCUGCUUUCUGCUAGUGUUGCGGCGUUGCCGAUUCCUAUUUUGAAUGCGACUGCAUCAAUUAGCGUAGACGUGACCAUCUUGGUUGUAGAGCUUCAACGAUAUUACAAAGCUUUUGGGCUUGACCCUGAAUCCUUGGAGAGGCUCUCUGAGAGAUCAGGGAGAACAGUAGAUGAGCUACAAUCUAGGCUGAAAUCCCCUUUAAACAGAGAAAUAAACAGAGAUGUGGUCAUUAACUUGUUAAGUAGUUCAAGUGGUUUUGCUUUAGAAGCAGCAGCAGAGUACUGGCUGGGUUUCAUACCUAUUGUGGGAUCUCUGGCAUCUGGUUCGCUCUCUUUUGCCACUGUGUACUACAUAUUGAACCGAUGUCUUAAUGAGCUGGCUGAAGAUGCCAAAAAUGUGCUAAUGGUUGCUUUAGAAACACCAGUGUAAAGAUAAACCCAUAAUACAUCUUGGGAUCAUAAACAUGAUGAUAUCUAAAAUAUAGUGGUAACUAAUACAAAGUAGGUUAUUUGUUAUAUGUUGAUGUGCUCUUUUACUUUGUGCAUUGUGCGAGCAGGGGUCUUUUUGCCCUGCAGAAUUUGGAGUUGAUUAAUGCAUUUUACUUGUCUGAAUUUAUUGAAAUUAAACAUUAAUUCGGUGUAUUUGACAACUAAAGGAACAUGUUUACAUUCUACCUUUUUAAUCUGUAGCAUAUUUGCAUUGGACUGGUUUAGACUUGAUUAUCAUGUUCAGACUCCCAACUCAUUGUGUGCUUUGGGUCAAUCAUUACAAUGUGUGAAACUUAAAAAAAAUCUCCAUUCACUUCUUACGGUGAAAGUUGGCCAAAAAUCACCACAAACGUAUCCAUCUAUGACUACAGAUUCCAGCUGUUGGAGAAACCCUGGACAUUAGUCAACCAGCAAUAAGAUAAAAUCACCCCAAAAGGCCCUGGGCCUGUCUUGCAGUUUCUGUUUAGGAAAUGUCCUUGAAAUAUGUCCUCAUAAAAUGUUAAAAUAUAUUUGUUGGACUUGCAGAUCUUGGGAACUGGCAUACUGCUACUGCAAACUUUCUUCUCUUUACUCUAGCUGAUUUUACACUUUAAAUUAAAUGUUUUUGUAAUCUGUUCGAACUAUGCCUUAUGUUAUCAACUGUGCUAAUGGUCUUUCAUUUUCCAUUCAAAUGAGUUUAAAUCAGAUUACAUUUUUUGUAUUUUUUGAUUAAUAAACAAUGAU